AACAGAACUCAAGUGCUCCAGUUGUGUCUCGUUCCGUCACGUUGUGUCAACAUGAAGAGCGACAAAAUAAUUGAUAAAAUACGCAACAAGCUAAAGGAAUCGGAUCCCGGGAAACGAACCGUUGUGAACACAUUCCAGUUUAAUUUUACGGAUACCGAUGGUCAACUCAUCAAAAGCAUGGUCUUUGAUUUCAAAGCUUUGGACAUUUAUGAAGGCAAUGCAUCCGAUGCAGAUGGUAAGAUUACAAUAGCCGAUGAGGACUUCUAUUUGGUUGGUACCAAGCAGACGAGUUUCGAGCAAAUAUUGCAACAGGAGAAGGCCAAAUUGGAAGGUGAUGCGGAGGCAAUCAACAAAAUGUUGGAGAAAUUUCGUUUAAAUUCAUAAAAAUUUAAAUGUAAUAUGUGAAUAUUAUAUAUUUGGAACAGUUUAUGACGAUCGCAUAAUAAAAAAUAUGUUAAA